GAACCAACAAUCUCUGCAAAGUAAACUCGCGUCUGAAUCGUUUUUUCCCUUCAACAGCCGUUGAAUUGUUUUACACGGGUUGUCUUCCUGGCUGGGGAAGAUCAAAACAGCAUCCAGAAACCAACAGACACUGCAAACGUAGCACUAAACAAGUGCGGGUCCAAAGUUACUUGUUAACGCUCACUUUUGGAACAGAAUGCAGAGACUACAGCUUCUUAAGGACACUUUCUUUGGCCUGGAUGUUGUCCAAAAGCAGGUUCUAAUCGGGUCUGCUGUGGCAGCUGGUGGAAUUCUGGCAUAUGUAACGCUCAGAAGGAGCAAAGUGAAAACUAUCCCUCUUGGUGAUGGAUGGUGGGGUGCAGGAGAGAAGCCGCAGUCAGAGGAUGAUAAAAUCUAUCCUUUCACAGUGCAAACCUCAGACAAAGAGAUUGAGGAUCUCUAUGAGCGCAUUGACAGAACCCGCUACAGCGAGCCUUUAGAAGAUAGCAACUUCCAGUAUGGCUUCAACAGCACUUAUCUAAAGAAAGUGGUUUCUUAUUGGAGAAAUGAGUUUGACUGGAAAAAGCAGGUGGCAGAGAUUAACAAGUUUCCACACUUCAAAACCAAAAUCGAAGGACUGGACGUGCACUUCAUCCAUGUGCGUCCACCUCAAAGUGGGCGUCAGAAGGUUCUGCCUCUUAUGCUCGUUCAUGGCUGGCCGGGCUCCUUCUAUGAAUUCUACAGGAUCCUUCCUCUUCUGACACAGAACCAUGAUGGUUUUGCAUUUGAAGUCAUAAUCCCAUCCAUCCCUGGCUAUGGCUUCUCAGAAGCCCCUCACAAAAAAGGAUUUGACAGCCUGGCUGCUGCCCGAGUUUUCCUGAAACUGAUGGAGCGCUUGGGCUUCUCCCAGUUCUAUCUGCAAGGAGGAGACUGGGGCUCACUUAUCACCACUAACAUGGCACAGAUGAAACCAGACUGUGUGAGAGGUCUUCACCUAAACAUGUGUAUGUCAACAAGGGGUUUCAAAGUGUUGUUGUCUCUGAUCAUUGGUCCCUAUCUGCCCUUCCUGGUGGGCUUCAGUCGGGAAGAUGUUCGCCGAUUGUUCCCUUUCUUUGAGAAGAAUGUCUAUGAAAUCCUGAGGGAGUCUGGCUACAUGCACAUUCAAGCCACUAAACCAGACACUGCAGGUUGUGGAGUGAAUGACUCUCCAGUUGGCUUGGCAGCUUACAUUCUGGAAAAGUUCUCCACCUGGACAGACAUGAACAACAGAGAUCUGGCGGAUGGCGGACUGGAGAGGAAAUACAACCUGGAUGACCUGCUGACAAAUAUUAUGAUCUACUGGACCACAGGCUCCAUCACCUCCUCCAUGCGCUUCUACAAGGAGAACUUUAAGACUAACCCUGACAACAGAAUUGAUGCAAAGACAGGGAUUUUUGUCCCUACUGGAGUAGCUGCUUUCCCUAAUGAGCUGAUGCAUUGCCCCAAAUCAUGGGCAAAGAUUAGGUAUCAAAACAUUUACUCCUACACCUUCAUGCCCCGAGGGGGCCACUUCGCUGCCUUUGAGGAGCCCCAACUGCUUGCCAGCGACGUUAUCCAGUUUGUGAAAAAAGUGGAAAAGCUCUGAAGGCUCAAAUGUUCUCAAUGCUGCUGUUUCCUUUCCCUUUUUAUUAACAGAUUUUCCACACCAUACACAUACAAGUCAUUGUUACUUUGAUGCAAUCUACACCACAAUGCAUGUUAUUGCUUGAUUUGCCACAUUUCUAAAAUCCUUUGCAGGCUUUAAUAAAUAUAAACAUGUACACACAGAUGGCGCACCACUGUAUCCUCAGAUUGGAUUAAUGAAAGCUUUGUAAUUCAUUAAACUUUUCAAGUUAUGUCAGUAAAAAUAUUGCACUGAUA